GGUUGCGCUUGCGUCCCUAUUAUCUAUUCCCUGGACAUGAUAGCAGAGAGAAGAAUUCCAUCAUCACCCGUCGCCCCUCUCCUCUUUCAACUCUUCACCCGUUCUCUACAUAAUCACAGCUCAAAAGACUCAUCUAAGAAUUUAACACAGUUCUUAAUCGGACAUCCAAAACCCAUGUCGAUUUCUACUAAAAUCCCACACUCUCUCCUUUUUUAUCGUUCCAGGAAUCAAUUCUUGAAAUCCAUAAAAAUCCCAUCUUUACCCUCUUCACCCUCAACAUUUUUCUUUUUCUCCAAGUCAAUUACAUUUCAAAGAAUACCCACGAAAGAAUCCAUUUUAUCGACCCCAUCUUCAUCUUCCCCUUCAGUUUCUGUCCAGCCCAUUGAAGAGUUGCCUCCAAAGCUUCAAGAGAUUAUCAAACUGUUCCAGGCAGUUCAAGAGCCAAAGGCCAAGUAUGAACAGUUAUUGUUCUAUGGAAGAAAUUUGAAGCCAUUAGAAACUCAAUAUAAAACAAUUGAAAAUAAAGUGCAGGGUUGUGUUUCGCAGGUGUGGGUCAGAGCAUAUCUUGACAGUGAUAAAAAUGUGAUCUUUGAGGCAGAUUCUGAUUCAGUGCUCACUAAAGGGCUGGCUGCUUUGCUAGUCCAGGGUCUUUCUGGCCGGCCCGUGGAAGAGAUACUGAGGGUUUCACCUGAUUUUGCGGUGCUUCUUGGGUUGCAGCAGAGUUUGACUCCGUCUAGGAAUAAUGGGUUUUUGAAUAUGUUGAAGUUGAUGCAGAAGAAGGCUCUGCAAUUGUAUGUGGAAAGUGAAAAGGGUGGUAAUUCAAUCAAUGACUUAGCAGAAGAUAACCAGGUUGGGAAUUCAGAUUUGAGGUUGAAGAAUGAUGGCGGAAUUGGUAAAUCAAAUGUUAAAGAAAGUCCCAGUGCUUUGGAGUCUAGUGUGGGUAAUGGUAGUGAAUUAGGGAAUAGAGGGACGCGGAUAAAGGAGAGGUUGGAGAAAGAGCUGAGACCUAUUGAAUUGGAAGUUGAGGAUAUAUCAUACCAGCAUGCGGGUCAUGCUGGGGUUAAGGGAAGCAAUGGGGAGACGCAUUUUAAUGUGAAAGUGGUUUCUGAAGAAUUUGAAGGCAAAAGCUUGGUUAAGAGGCAUAGAUUUAUUUACAGCUUGUUGCAAGAUGAACUGCAGAAUGGACUACAUGCAUUGUCGAUUGUGGCAAAGACACCAUCUGAAGUUGAUCCUCAGUGAAGUCAUAAAUCAAUAGAGCUACUUUUUUGUAUUAUUUUUCGGGCAUAUUGCAUAAAGAUGUUGCAAUAGACUUGGAGUUUGUCAAGGAGAUCAAGAGUAUUUUCCUCAAUAGACUUGUUAAGAGUUAAAUAAUGCAUGGCCAUCAAGAAUUUUAUUGAAGGCAUUCUCCAUUACCCGUCAAGUCUUUCUAUGAUGUGUAUCAAAUUAUUAUCUACUCUGAGAAUGUUAUUUGAUGUUGUGAUGAGAAUGCAAUUUAAAGAAUGUUGAGAAGUUGGAUAUGAAGUCCGUGGGAAAGAAGCAUGCUAAUGGGGGUUGAGCUGUCAUUAGUCUGGAAGUAUUUUUUGAGUUUAAGCUUUGACCUUCAUCCACAGUUUCAAUUUGGUCCUGCCCUUUAUACUUUACCUCGACGUAGAUCAAAAUUUUAGUUCCAUGUCGACUUCACAUUUUUCUUUGGCAUGCCCAUCAGCAUUAAUAACAUUGUACAUUGUGAAUAAACCUGUCUAUGAAUUUCUUUUCUCUGCUUCUUAACUUUGUAGUAAUUUGUUAAUCUUGUUAUCCUAGUGGAAAUGAUAAUGUACUAUUAUUUUUACUACUGUAACUGUUAUCUGAUAUUUGGAACAUUGCUUUA